UGAUUCAACGACUUUGUCGCUUAAAACUCGCGCAGUGCUCGAUCAACGUUCCGGUCAUCGAGAUCAAAUUUUUGCGUCGAGUUUCUAGUUGUGGCAAAGCUUGGAAAGAGCGAAAAAAAUAUAAAAAUAGUUGAGUGCUUUAUUCAACAAUAAUCGAAGUAAUGUCAUGGUUAACAAUCGUCCUGUCAUCCCUUAUGGGAUUACUCGCAAUUUUUUAUUUCUUCUUUCGAAAGUUGAAGAAAUUUGAGAAAUUAGGAAUCUUGCAUUUAAGGCCUUGGCCUGUUUUUGGAAACAUGGGAUCAUCGCUAUUCAAACAACGUUUACUCGCCGAUGUUAUCGACGAGGUUUACAAGCUCAACGAAGACGCGAAAUACGUGGGUUUCUAUGACUUUGGAGAGCCGGUUGUGGUCAUAAAAUCUCCUGAUUUGAUAAAAAAUGUUGCCAUCAAGCAUUUCGAUUAUUUCGUCGAUCACCGAGGGUUUGUCCACGAUGCCGAGAUGGAUCCCUUCUUCGGAAACAAUCUUUUUAGCCUUCGCGGUGACAAGUGGAAAGAGACUAGGAAUCUUCUUAGUCCAGCAUUUACGGGGAGCAAAAUGAGAAUGAUGUUCAAGCUGAUGUCGGAUUGUGGAAAAAAUUUUGCUCAAUUUCUCACCGAGCAAUCUUCAUCACUCGGAUCUUCCGAAAUCGAUGCGAAAGACGCGUUCAUGAGGUAUACCAACGACGUUAUAGCGACUUGCGCGUUCGGCAUAAGCAUUGAUUCGAUGAGAAAUCGAAAAAACGAAUUCUUCGUGCUGGGUAAGGAGGUCGUGAACUUUGAGGGCUCGCUCUCCACCAAGCUUUUUUUGCUCCGCAGUUUUCCGCGGAUCUCAAAGAUUUUCGGGAUCAAAUUGAUCGAUCCAGCGGUAGAAGAUUUUUUUAUCAACGUUGUAAGAGAGACCGUAGAGACGAGGGAACGCGAAGGGAUCACACGACCCGAUAUGAUCCAAUUGAUGAUGGAAACUCGGAAAAACAACACCGGUCAGGGCCUCGAGCUCUCAAUGAUGGACAUGGCUUCCGAGGCAUUCAUAUUUUUCCUCGGUGGAUUUGACACUACCGCAACUCUGAUGUGCUUCGCUGCUCAUCAAAUAGCCGCAAAUCCAUUGGUUCAACAGAAACUCUGUAAUGAGAUCGACCAUGUUUUGGAGACGGUGGAGAACGCUCAAGUCACUUACGAUGCUAUCAACGAAAUGGAAUAUUUGGACGCAAUAUUAAACGAAACGCUGAGGCUCUAUCCGCCGGGUUUCUUUCUCGACAGACUGUGUGUAAAACCGUAUCAACUGCCACCAGCAUUGCCGGGUGAAAAACCAAUUACCAUCCAACCAGGUGAAUCAGUUUGGUUUCCAGUCUACUCCAUAAACAGAGACUCGAAGUAUUUUGACGACCCCGACAGAUGGGACCCUGAGAGAUUCCUCGGGGCUAGAAAAAAUCGUAUUGACUUAUCCAUCUAUUUACCUUUUGGUCUUGGACCGAGAAUGUGCAUCGGAAACAGAUUUGCACUGCUUGAAACUAAAGUCAUGCUCUUUCACCUUCUAUCAAAAUGUCAUAUCAAACCCGGCAGGAAAGCUCAAGUCCCUCUUAAAUUGAAAAAAUCCUUCAUCAUAACCGCUGAAGGGGGAUUUUGGCUUGAAAUUGAACCAAGGAAUAUCUCUGCUAAUAAUACGAAAGAUUUUUCAAAAGCGAGCACCUCUUGAAUCGUACAAUUAGUAAAAAAAAAAAAAAAAUAAAAAUAAAAAUGUGUUGAUCAAAUGUAUUUCUGUUUGUAUGUCGAAGUAGUGAAGAACUGAAUCUACUUUAAUUUAUGUAUAAAUCGUGUGUUUUGGUGGUUUUAACUAUGAAUGAUACUCACUGUACGAAUAAGCUUUAUGUCGCUGACGUUUGCAACGUUGGAGUCCAACGAAAUGAUGUAAAAAAACCCUCCAAUAGUUCCAGCGAUUCUCUAAUUUCGUUACUCGUUGAAUUUUCAAUUCGUAGUUCUUCAACCUGCACCGAUACAUCGUGAAAUAAAAAAUUGGUGAAUUGCGAAUGUUUUUUUCCUUCAUUUCGUUGGACUCGAACGCUGCAAACUUCAGCGUCGUUAGGCUUUCCGAAGUUCGUUUCCUAUCGGGAAAUUGUAAAGAGUGUUGAAUAAAAUUUUUCUUGAAAACAGCACAACAAAAA